GCCACUGGAGGAGCAGAGAGGCUGAGACCAAUCCAGAGACCAACAGCUCCCACGCUGAAGCUUGAAUCCUCUCGCUGCAACAUGAAGGUCUCCGCUGCCCUCCUGUGCCUGCUGCUCACAGUAGCUGCCUUCAGCACCGAGGUGCUCGCUCAGCCAGAUGCAAUUAACUCCCAAGUCACCUGCUGCUAUACAUACACCAAUAAGAAGAUCCCCACACAGAGGCUGAUGAGCUACAGAAGAGCCACCAGCAGCAAGUGUCCCAAAGAAGCUGUGAUUUUCAAGACCAUCCUGGGCAAGGAGAUAUGUGCAGACCCCAAGCAGAAAUGGGUCCAGGACUCCAUAAACCAUCUCAACAAGAAAAACCAAACUCCGAAGCUUUGAGCACUCACUCCACAACCCAAGAAUCUGAAGACAAUUUGUGUUCUUCUGGCUUUCCCUAACUGCCCUCUGAUAUUACCUUAUUAUAAUUUUAAAGAGUAUGAACUUUAUUGAUAUGAAACAUGAUGCCUUAAGUAAUGUUAAUCUUAUUUAAGUUAUUGGUGCUUUAAGUUUAUCUUCCAUGACUACUAGUGUUUUUUUGUUUUUGUUUUCUUUUUGGUUGUUUGUUUGUUUUUAUGGAGAUUUGGGCAAAUUGCUUUCCUCUGUGAAUCUCAAUUCUACCCCUGGGAUGGUGGAAGAGUCCUCACAAGAAUGAUUAAUGCAAGAACUUUUGGUUUUACAUUCUAUGUCAUUGCUAAAACUGCUAUUGUGGAAAUAUAUAUUAUGUAACUAUUGAAAAAAUACACAUAUAUAUUUUUGUACAAAA